AAAUGGACCAUUUUGAGUGAAUAAAAGUUGCAACACCUCCACCACACUUUUUCUUGGAACAAACACGGUCUUGUCGGAAAACAUUGAAAUUGUUUAGAGACACAAUAUUGUCAUCGUAUGAGUCAUGGAGCCAGGUUUCUUGCAGAGUGACAAUACCAGUAUUGUGGUAGGUACUAGAAGACAACAGAGACUGAAAAUCCAGAAUUUUGUUAGGCAGGGACCGGCAGUUGGUACUAAUGAUAACUGGAACAGUGGUGUGAUGUAUGGGUGUAGAUUUUAAGGCACGCUGCCAACCUCCAUGGUGCUUUUUC